AUGUACAGCCUCGGCAGCCUUAGGCCCCCAGCUCUCCGGCCCUGUAUCCUGAAGGCCCCGCAGCUCUCAGGCCCUGCAGCCCAAAGGCCCCGCAGCUCUCAGACCCCACCUCCCUCAGGCCCCAGCAACCUCAGGCCCCCAGCUCUCAAGCCCUGCAGCUCUAAGGCCCCACAGCUCUCAGACCUUGCAGCCCAAAGGCCCCGCCGCUCUCAGUCCCCGCCACCCUCAGGGCCCAGCAACCUCAGGCCCCCAUCUCUCAGGCCCUGCAGCCCUAAGGCCCCACAUCUCUCAGACCUUGCAGCCCAAAGGCCCCGCCGCUCUCAGUCCCCGCCAACAUCAGGCCCCCAGCUCUCAACCCCAACUCCGUCAGGCCCUGGCACCAUCAGGCCUGCAGUUCUCUGGCCCUGCAGCCCUCAGGCCCCGCCGCUCAAAGACCCCACCUCCCUAAAGCCCCAGCACCCUCAGGCGCCAAGCUCCCAAGCCCUGCAGCCCUCAGGCCCCGCCGCUCUCAGACCCCACCUCCCGCAGGCCCCGCUCCCAGGCCCUACAGCCAUAAGCCCCUCUGCUCUCAGGCCCUGCAGCCCUCAGGCCCUACCGCUCUCAGACCUCACCUCCCUCCGGCCCCAGCACCCUCAGCCAGCCAGCUCUCAGGCCCUGCACCCCUUCGGCCCCAACGCUCUCAGAUCCCGCAUCCCUCAGUCCCCGGCACCCUCAGGCCCCCAGCUCUCAGGCCCUGGCAGCCUCAGGCCCCCAGCUCUCAGGCCCUGCAGCCCUCAAGCCCCGCCGCUCAAAGACCCCACCUCCCUUAGGCCCCAGCAUCCUCAGGCCCCCAGCUUUCAGGCCUUGCAGCCCUCAGGCUCUGCCACUCUCAGACCCCACCUCCCUCAAGCCCUGGCAGCCUCAGGUCGCCAGCUCUCAGGCCCUGCAGCCCUAAGGCCCCGCUACUCUCAGACCCCACCUCCCUCAGGCCCCGGCACCCUCAGGCCCUGCAGACCUAAGGCCCACCAGCUCUCAGGCCCUAUUUCCCUAAGACCCCCGCAGCCCCCAAACCCUUCAGCGGACAUGCAGCCCUACGGCCCCACAGCUCUCAGACCCGACCUCCCUCAGGGCCUGGCACCCUCAGGCCCCCAGCUCUCCAGCUCUGCAGCCCCAAGGACCUGCCGCUUUCAGGCCCUGCAUCCCUCAGGCCCCAGCACCCUCAGGCCCUGUCGCUGUCAGAACCCAACUCUCUCUGGCCCUGGCAGCCUCAGGCCCUUAGUCCUCAGGCCCUGCAGCCCUCAGGCCCCGCCGCUCAAAGACCCCAGCUCCCUUAGGCCCCAGUACCCUCAGCCCCCCAGCAUUCAGGUCCUGCAGCCCUCAGGCCCCGUCGCUGUCAGGCCCUGCAGCCCUAAGGCCCCGCAGCUCUCAGGCCCUGCAGCCCUCAGGCCCCGCCGCUCUCAGACCCCAACUCCCUCAGGCCACAGCACCCUCAGGCCCCUAGCUCUCCGGCCCUGCUGCCUUCUGGCCCCACCACUCUCAGACCCCACCUCCCACAGGCCCCGGCACACUCAGGCCCCCAGCUCUCAGCCCAAAGGCCCCGCCGCUCUCAGUCUGCGCCACCCUCAGGGCCCCAGCUCUCAGUCCCCGCCGCCAUCAGGCCCCCAGCUCCCAGGCCCUGCAGCCCUCAGACCCCACCUCCCUCAGGCCCCGGCACCCUCAGGCGCCCAGAUCUCAGGCCCAGUAGCCCUAAGGCCCACCAACUCUCAGGCCCUGCUGUCCUUAGGCCCCGCAGCUCCCAGGCCCUGCAGCCCUCAAGCCCCGCCGCUCAAAGACCCCACCUCCCUUAGGCCCCAGCAUCCUCAGGCCCCCAGCUUUCAGGCCUUGCAGCCCUCAGGCUCUGCCACUCUCAGACCCCACCUCCCUCAAGCCCUGGCAGCCUCAGGUCGCCAGCUCUCAGGCCCUGCAGCCCUAAGGCCCCGCUACUCUCAGACCCCACCUCCCUCAGGCCCCGGCACCCUCAGGCCCCCAGAUCUCAGGCCCUGCAGACCUAUGGCCCACCAGCUCUCAGGCCCUAUUGCCCUAAGACCCCGCAGCUCCCAAACCCUUCAGCCGCCCCCAGCUCUCCAGCUCUGCAGCCCCAAGGACCUGCCGCUCUCAGGCCCUGCAGUCCUCAGGCCCCAGCACCCUCAGGCCCUGUUGCUGUCAGACCCCAACUCCCUCUGGCCCUGGCAGCCUCAGGCCCCCAGCUCUCAGGUCCUGCCCCCAGCUCUCCAGCUCUGCAGCCCCAAGGACCUGCCGCUCUCAGGCCCUGCAGCCCUCAAGCCCCAGCACCCUCAGGCCCUGUUGCUGCCCUGCAGCCCUCAGCCCCCGCCGCUCAAAGACCCCAGAUCCCUUAGGCCCCAGUACUCUCAGGCCCCCAGCUGUCAGGCCCUGCAGCCCUCAGGCCCUGCCGCUCUCAUGCACUGCAGCCCUAAGGCCGCGCAGAUCACAGGCCCUGCAGCCGUAAGCCCCCACUGCUCUCAGACCCCGCAUCCCUCAGGCCCCACAGCUCUCAGGCCCUGCACUCCUCAGGCCCCGGCACCCUCAGGCCCCCAGCUCUCAGGCCCACAGCUCUCCAGCUCUGCAGCCCCAAGGACCUGCUGCUCUCAGGCCCUGCAGCCCUCAGGCCCCAGCACCCUCAGGCCCUGUCAGACCCCAAUUCCCUCUGGCCCUGGCAGCCUCAGGCCCUUAGUCCUCAGGCCCUGCAGCCCUCAGGCCCAGCCGCUCAAAGACCCAAGCUCCCUUAGGCCCCAGUACCCUCAGGCCCCCAGCUUUCAGGCCCUGCAGCCCUCAGGCCCUGCCGCUCUCAUGCCCUGCAGCCCUAAGGCCGCGCAGAUCACAGGCCCCAGCACCCUCAGGCCCCGAGCUCUCAGGCCCUACAGCCCUCAGGCCCCGCCGCUCUCAGACCCCACCUCCCUCAGGCCCCGGCACUCUCAGGCCUCCAGAUCUCAGGCCCUGCAGCCCUACGGCCCCGCAGCUCCCAGGCCCUGCAGCCCUCAGGCCCCGCUACUCUCAAACCCCACCUCCCUCAGACCCCACCUCCAUCACGUACCAGCACCCUCAGGCCCCCAGCUCUCAGGCCCAGCAGCCCUAAGGCCCCGCAGCUCUCAGGCCCUGCAGUCCUCAGGCCCCGCCGCUCUCAGUCCCCACCACCCUCAGGACCCGGCACACUCAGGCCCCCAGCUCUCAAGCAUUGCAGGCGUCAUGCCCCGCCGUUCUCAGAUCCCACCUCCCUCACCCCCAGAUCUCAGGCCCUGCAGCCAUAAGGCCCACCAGCUCUCAGGCCCUGCUGCCCUAAGGCCACGCAGCUCCCUGGCCCUGCAGCUGCCCCAGCACCCUCAGGCCCCCAGCUCUCAAGCCCUGCAGUCCUCAGGCCCCACCAGUCUCAGACCCCGCAUCCCUCAGGCCCCACAGCUCUCGGGCCUUGCUGGCCUCCGGCCCCAGCACUCUCAGACCCCACCUCCCUCAGGACCUCCAGCCCUAAGGCCCCACAGCUCUCAGACCCGACCUCCCUCAGGCCCUGGCACCCUCAGGCCCUGUCAGACCCCAACUCGCUCUGGCCCUGGCAGCCUCAGGCCCUUAGUCCUCAGGCCCUGCAGCCCUCAGGCCCAGCCGCUCAAAGACCCCAGCUCCCUUAGUCCCCAGUACCCUCAGGCCCCCAGCUUUCAGGCCCUGCAGCCCUCAGGCCCUGCCACUCUCAUGCCCUGCAGCCAUCAGGCCCCCAGCUCUCAGUCCCCGCCACCCUCAGGUCCCCAGCUCUCAGGACCUGCAGCCCUAAGGCCCCACAGCUUUCAGGCCCUGCAGCCCUCAGGACCUGCCGCUUCCAGACCCCACCUCCCUCAGUCCCUGGCACCCUCAGGCCCGCGGCUCUCCAGCUCUGCAGCCCCAAGGACCUGCCGCUCUCAGGCCCUGCAGCCCUCAGGCCCCAGCACCCUCAGGCCCUGUCGCUGUCAGACCCCAACUCCCUCUGGCCCUGGCAGCCUCAGGCCCCCCGCUCUCAGGCCCUGCAGCCCUCAGCCCCCGCCGCUCAAAGAGCCCAGAUCUCUUAGGCCCCAGUACCCUCAGGCCCCCAGCUCUCAGGCCCUGCAGCCCUCAGGCCCUGCCGCUCUCAUGCCCUGCAGCCCUAAGGCCGUGCAGACCACAGAGCCCACCUCCCUCAGGUCCCGGCACCCUCAGCCCCCCAACUCUCAGUCCCCGCCACCCUCAGGCCCCAACACCUUCAGGCACCGCUUCUCUCAGGCACUGCAGUCCUCAGGCCCUGCCACUGUCAGAACCCACCUCCCUCAGGCCCUGGCACCCUCAGGCCCCCAGCUCUUAUUCCCUGCCACUCUCAGGGCCCCAGCUCUCAGUCCCCGCCACCCUCAGGGCCCCAGCUCUCAGUCCCUGCAGCCCUCAGGCCCCCAGCUCUCAGGCCCCCAGCUCUCCAGCUCUGCAGCCCCAAGGACCUGCCGCUCUCAGGCCCUGCAGCCCUCAGGCCCCAGCACCCACAGGCCCUGUCGCUGUCAGACCCCAACUCCCUCUGGCCCUGGCAGCCUCAGGUCCCCCGCUCUCAGGCCCUGCAGCCCUCAGCCCCCGCAGCUCAAAGACCCCAGAUCCCUUAGGCCCCAGUACUCUCAGGCCCCCAGCUGUCAGGCCCUGCAGCCCUCAGGCCCUGCCGCUCUCAUGCCCUGCAGCCCUAAGGCCGCGCAGAUCACAGGCCCUGCAGCCGCCCUGCACUCCUCAGGCGCCAGCACCCUCAGGCCCCCAGCUCUCAGGUCCUGUAGCCCUCAGGCCCUGCUGCUCUCAGGAGCUGCAGCCCUAAGGCCCCGCAGCUUUCAGGCCCUGCAGCCCUCAGGCCCUGCCGCUCUCAGACCCCAACUCCCUCAGGACCUGGCACCCUCAGGCCCCCAGCUCUCCAGCUCUGCAGCCCCAAGGACCUGCCGCUCUCAGGCCCUGCAGCCCUCAGGCCCCAGCACCCUCAGGCCCUGUCAGACCCCAACUCAUUCUGGCCCUGGCAGCCUCAGGCCCUUAGUCCUCAGGCCCUGCAGCCCUCAGGCCCAGCCGCUCAAAGACCCCAGCUCCCUUAGGCCCCAGUACCCUCAGGCCCCCAGCUUUCAGGCCCUGCAGCCCUCAGGCCCUGCCGCUCUCAUGCCCUGCAGCCCUAAGGCCGCGCAGAUCACAGGCCCCCCCUCCCUCAGAUCUCAGGCCCUGCAGCCCUACGGCCCCGCAGCUCCCAGGCCCUUCAGCCCUCAGGCCCCACCGUUCUCAGACCCCUCCUCCCUCAGGCCCCGGCACACUCAGGCCCCCAGCUCUCAGGCCCUGCAGCCCUCAGGCCCCACCGCUGCCCUGCAGCCCUCAGGCCCAACCACUCUCAGACCCCACCUCACUCAGGCCCUGCUGCCCUCUGGCCCCGCCACUCUCAGACCCCACGACCUGCAGGCCCCGGCACACUCAGGCCCCCAGCUCUUAGGCCCUGCAGUCCUCAGGCCCCGCCACUCUCCGACCCCACCUCCCUCAGGCCCCGGCACCCUCAGGCCCUCAGAUCUCAGGCCCUGCAGUCCUAAGGCCCACCCGCUCUUAGGCCCUGCUGCCCUAAGGCCCCGCAGCUCCCAGGCCCUACAGCCACCCCACCUCCAUCACGUACCAGCACCCUCAGGCCCCCAGCUCUCAGGCCCAGCAGCCCUAAGGCCCCGCAGCUCUCAGGCCCUGCAGUCCUCAGGCCCCGCCGCUCUCAGUCCCCACCACCCUCAGGCCCCGGCACACUCAGGCCCCCAGCUCUCAAGCAUUGCAGGCCUCAUGCCCCGCCGUUCUCAGACCCCACCUCCCUCACCCCCAGAUCUCAGGCCCUGCAGCCAUAAGCCCCCACAGCUCUCAGGCCCCAGCACCCUCAGGCCCCCAGCUCUCAGGCCCUGCAGCCCUCAGGCCCCACCGCUGUUAGACCCCACUUCCCUCAGGCCCCAGCACCCUCAGGCCCCCAGCUCUCAAGCCCUGCAGUCCUCAGGCCCCACCAGUCUCAGACCCCGCAUCCCUCAGGCCCUGGCACCCUCAGGCCCUCAGAUCUCAGCACCCUCAGGCCCCCAGCUCUCAGGCCCAGCAGCCCUAAGGCCCCGCAGCUCUCAGGCCCUGCAGUCCUCAGGCCCUGCCGCUCUCAGUCCCCACCACCCUCAGGCCCCGGCACACUCAGGCCCCCAGCUCUCAAGCAUUGCAGGCCUCAUGCCCCGCCGUUCUCAGACCCCACCUCCCUCACCCCCAGAUCUCAGGCCCUGCAGCCAUAAGGCCCACCAGCUCUCAGGCCCUGCUGCCCUAAGGCACCGCAGCUCCCUGGCCCUGCAGCUGCCCCAGCACCCUCAGGCCCCCAGCUCUCAAGCCCUGCAGUCCUCAGGCCCCACCAGUCUCAGACCCCGCAUCCCUCAGGCCCCGGCACCCUCAGGCCCUCAGAUCUCAGGCCCUGCAGUCCUAAGGCCCACCCGCUCUUAG